AUGUAUAGCUCCUUCUUUCGCGUCGUCGCCUUUGGGAUCCUCAACUGCAAUGUCCUCGCUGCUCCCUCAGGGUCACAGCCCGUGCAGCGCCCUCCUGGACUCUGGCCACAUCUAGCCGAACAAGGUCGCGCUUCUCGACCUCUGAUCGACUUCAUAGAAGGGUACUUCACCGCCAAGAACCUACAUCAGCCAGAGGCUUGGGCAGCCUCCUUCCAUCCUACUGAAGGGACAUACGGAGAUGCCGGCCUCGGCAACCUCUUCUCCCAACCGGAGCUAUCGCCCGUUAUCGGGACUUUUGUGAAGGCUUGGGGACCUGAUUCUAGAUCGUAUCCCCUGCGCAUCGUGGGUGACACCAACAGUGCCCUGCUAUACAUGAUUGACACGCCGGACAUGUUCGGCGACGAGCUUCGCAUCCUUGUGGCCUUGGACUUUAAAGACGACUUGAUCGUGCGGGAGGUAGAUUACUGGGAUCCUCGACGAAACACCGCGGCUGAGGCGAAUAGGGUGCCACCGGAGCAGUAUCCGUCUGACUUCGCCUCGGCCCUAUCCUCCAACACGACCAAUGCCACCCUUCGGAAAAUCGUGAACCAGUUUGCGUCUGCGCUGUCGAACGGAGGUUACGAAUCCGCUGUUUCGCUGCUGGCACCAGACGUCGUGCUGGAAGACUUCUCCCUACGUGCCAGGAUCGACGGUCGACUGGGGGUUGAACAGUACUUGAAGCGGGCCGUGGCUUCGCUCCCGUACGGCACUGGCUCCGUCGUAUCUCAUAUCGUGGGCAACGAAGAUGGCGGUGCUUACGAGUGGACUGGCACGCCGGAGGCUGCUGGCCGUAACGGGAUAACUGCCAUUGAACUCGACGAAGGGCAUCUUAUCACUCGGCUCACUAGCAUAUGGGAUACUUUCAAUGCUAGUAACAGCACUAUGCAGUCGUUGGUCGGGCUGUCGAUUGAGCCUUGA